GUCAAAAUCAAUAGCAUUGGGUAACAGGCUGAGAGGCUGUUUGCAGCGCUAGUUGAAGAUGAAUGCCAGAGGACUUGGAUCUCAGCUAAAGGACAGUAUUCCAGUUACUGAACUUUCAGCAAGUGGACCUUUUGAAAGUCAUGAUCUUCUUCAAAAAGGUUUUUCUUGUGUGAAAAAUGAACUUUUGCCCAGUCAUCCUCUUGAAUUAUCAGGAAAAAAAUUCCAGCUCGACCAAGAUAAAAUGAACUUUUCCACACUGAGAAACAUCCAGGGUCUAUUUGCUCCACUAAAACUACAAAUGGAAUUCAAGGCAGUGCAGCAGGUUCAGCGUCUUCCAUUUCUUCCAAGCUCAAACCUUUCAUUGGAUAUUUUGAGGAGUAAUGAUGAAACUACUGAAUUUGAAGGUAUUCUUAAUGACCCAUCACAAAGUGAACUAAUGGGAGAACCACAUUUGAUGGUUGAAUAUAAACUCGGUUUACUGUAA